ACGCCAACGUUCCCAAUUUCCUACACAGUCGAGCCAAUGGAGUGAAAGGGGUUAUGUCUUUGUCCAAAAUAACGUCUUAAAACCAAGCACAAGCGUAAAUACCAGCGUUGGCCAUGGGCCAGUGUGGUAUCACUUCGUCAAAGACCGUGUUGGUCUUUCUGAACCUCAUAUUUUGGGCGGCCGCCGGCAUCCUCUGCUAUGCCGGCGCAUACGUGUUCAUCACAUACGAUGACUACGACCACUUUUUCGAAGACGUGUACACGCUGAUCCCGGCCGUCGUCAUCAUUGCGGCUGGAGCGCUCCUCUUCAUCAUCGGCCUCAUCGGAUGCUGCGCCACCGUGAGAGAGAGCCACUGUGGACUCAUGACGUUUGUCAUCAUUCUGCUGGUGGUUUUCAUGACCGAAGUAGCCGUUGUGGUUCUGGGAUAUAUUUACAGAGCAAAGGUUGAAGACGACGUGAAUAGUUCCAUCCAUGAAGUAUAUAACGAGUACAACGGCACCAACAGCAAUGCACAGAGCCGUGCCAUUGACUACCUUCAGAGACAGCUCCAGUGCUGCGGCAUUCGCAAUUACUCGGACUGGCAGUACACACGUUGGUUUGACGCAUCCAAGAACAACAGCGUGCCUAUCAGCUGUUGCAACACAAAAGUCGGUGGACUCUGCACAGGGUCCCUCACUCGUCCUGAAGAACUCUACCAAGAAGGCUGUGAGGCGCUCGUUGUGAAGAAGUUAAAAGAGAUUAUGAUGUACAUCAUUUGGACUGCGCUGAUUUUUGCUGUCAUCCAGAUUCUGGGGAUGUUGUCGGCAUGUGUCGUGCUGUGUCGCAGAAGAAGCGAUCCCGCCUACCAGCUCCUCAUCACAGGAGGCACCUAUGCUUAAGUAUCACCUGCUCAGACGCAUUGGUGAAUACAUUACCACACAAACAUUAAGACACUGAAGCUGCAUUUUUUUUUUCUUCCCCCGCAUAGUUGUCCAACUUCUUCCAAUGGUAGCUGAGAAUGUAUGAUUACACUUUUAGACGCAAACCAAACUGUACUGUAUGGAAGAUGUGCACAGGGUGAUUUCCUCUUUAAUUUGCACAAUGUGUAAAUGACCGGUAGACCACAUUAUGAAACGUUGCAGUGAAUUUCAGCAUGAACACGAAGUAAUAGUAACGUCUCCGUUUUCCAAUCCUCAUCUUCGUAUGUAAGUUACCUUUUCCAUAUGUAACGCAUAUAUAUCUUUCGCUUGUGUUCGCUUGAGUGUAGUUCGAUUUUGUCCCUGCUGACCACCAGAGGCAGUGCCCAACAGCAUGGAAUGUCCAUAGUUUUAGAUUUUUUUUUUUUCCAUUUUGUAGCGACUGACUCCUAAGAUUGUAAUUAAAUUGUAAAGGAGUGUAGUGACUUGGGUUAUUGCAUUAUGGUUUCAGAAAUUCCAGAGACACGAGUAGCUGAUGCUGUUGGCUUUUAUAGAAGGGCAGCUGGUAUUUUUACAAGACAGGUCAGGACACUUCUCAUUAGGAAGGCCCUGCUAAAUUAAAUACACUAUGAAUAUGGUAUUAUUUAAGAUUUUAAUACAUGUGAGAAAUAAAAACUACAUUAUUCACA